AUGAGGAAUGGGACAACUGUCCAGGACUUUAUCCUGGAGGGAUUUCCUGCUGUCCAGCACCUGGGGAUCCUCCUCUUCUCAGUGCUCCUGCUGGCAUACCUGGCCUCCAUCACAGGAAAUGUAGUCAUUGUCUCCAUUGUCUGCACCAAUGCCCGUCUGAAAACCCCCAUGUACUUUUUCCUUAGCAUUUUCUCCUUGGUUGAGUGUUGUUUUACCAGUUCUGUCAUCCCUAAGUUGUUGGCUAUAUUUCUUUUAGGGAAACAAGCAAUUUCCUUUGUCACCUGUUUCAUACAAGCCUUCGUCUUUGUAUUUAUCGGGGCAUUUGGUUUUCUUCUCAUAGCUGUGAUGUCGGUGGACAGGUGUGUGGCUAUCUGCAGGCCUCUUCAUUACCCCACCAUCAUGAACCCGAGGACCUGCACCCUCCUAAUCAUGGCCUGCCUUACUACAACCUUCACCCUUAUCACUUGGGUAGUAGUGAAGGUAUCCCAGUUAUCCUUCUGUGGCCCCCAUGUCAUCCCACACUUCUUCUGUGACCUCGGCCCUCUGAUCCGCCUCUCCUGCUCUGACACCAGCUCUGUGGAAACUCUGACUUUUGGUCUUGCUUUGCUUCUCCUUCUCUCGUCCCUCACUAUAACCAUCACUUCAUACAGCAGCAUAGUCGUCAUGAUCGUGCGUCUCCCAUCAGCCAAGGAGCGACAGAAGGCUUUCUCCACCUGCUCCUCUCACCUCAUUGUCCUCUCGCUGAUGUAUGGCAGCUGUAUAUUUAUAUACGUGAAACCAAAGCAAACAAGCAGGCUGGAAUCCAACAGAGAGGCUGCUCUCAUGAACACAGUGGUGACGCCGCUUCUGAACCCUGUCAUCUACACCCUGCGCAACAAGCAGGUCCACCAGGCUCUGAGAGAGACUGUGUGCAGAAUAAAAAUACCAAGAUAA